CUUUGCCUUUGGACAUUUUUCUUUCCAUUUCCAUUCCCAUCCCAUCUAUAAAAACCAAACCUUUCUUCUGUUUACCAGAAUUUAACGUUGAAUAAUUUCUAUCUCUAUUGCCAUUUCACAGAAUGUACAAAGGGGGUUUAAAUACUUGAAGGAAACUUUGCAUCUUUUCUCCCCUUAUUCAAACAAGAUCGGUUUUUUUGGGUUUUCGUCAUCGCUUCGGGAUUUGAAUUGGUAAUGGAUCAUCUGAACUGGAAUGGAUAUGGAUCGAGAGUUGCGAAGAAGACAACGGCGUCAACAACGUCUUCCUCGUCGUUUUGGAGUAAUUACCAACAAGGAGUUGAAGAAAGGUUCAUGAUAUCAAGCUCAAAUAAUUCCAACUUCUUCAACUCAGUUCAAGAUUUCCCAAUUAAAGUAGCUGAAAAUUCUUCAACUCCGGUUUUAAAAACAGAGGACCCUUUGGUUAUGAGCCCUCCAUUGACAAGCUUUACAACAUCUAGCAACAUGGAUGUUGUUGGAUUUUUAUCACAGCUUGACCACGGCUCCAACGGAGAUAAAUCGGCGACAGUAACAACGUGCUCUCUGGAGUCGUUAGACUGUUUGCUUUCAGCUACAAACAGCAACACAGACACAUCAGUUGAAGAUGAUGGAUCAGUUUCAAUGAUGUUAACAGAUUACACCAAUUUAUGGAACUUUGGAGGCAAUGCAGCAGUAUCUUCAAAAGAAUCUGAAAAGAAUGGUUCAAAUUCUACAAAGAGAAGCCAUGAACAAACUCAAUUCAAAGCUGCAGAUUACUCUAUUUUCUCAAAUAACAUCAUAAAUCUAUCUGAUUCCACUUCAGACAGUGGAGGUUUUAGGAUCAUAACAGAUCAUAAUCUACCAAAACAGAAGAAACCCAGAUCAGAGAAGCCACCAAGUUCAUCAAACAUCAAUUUUCAACAAUCAUGUUCAUCAGGAUCUUCUUGUAUUGAUCAAGAACCGGAUCCAGAAGCCAUUGCACAAAUGAAAGAGAUGAUCUACAGAGCAGCAGCUUUCAGGCCUGUGAAUUUGGGGUUAGAAAUGAUAGAAAAGCCUAAAAGGAAGAAUGUGAGAAUUUCAACAGAUCCACAGACUGUAGCAGCAAGACAAAGGAGAGAAAGAAUCAGCGAGAGAAUUAGGGUUUUGCAAAGGCUUGUUCCAGGUGGAAGCAAAAUGGAUACAGCAUCAAUGCUUGAUGAAGCUGCAAAUUAUCUAAAGUUCUUGAAAUCUCAGAUCAAAGCUUUAGAGAAUCUUGGGCAAAAGCUUGAGUCUUUGAAUUGUCCUCCAACUAGCAUAGCUUUCUCUUUCAACCCAUCUUUUCCCAUACAAACAUCAUCCUCUCAUAAUAAUUUCACACUCCUAAAUCCCAACCAUCUUAUUAACCAAUAUCCUCAAAACUAAUCUUUCUUCCUUAAAAAACUGUCCUCAAGAUUACUCAACUUUUGAUCAACUGAUGUAGCUCAAAUUUAUUGGUUCAUGUUUCAAUCUUCAAUGUAUUUCUCUCUUUUUUACUCAACAUAGAUCAAUAAAUUUAAAUUCAAAACCAA